AACAAGGCAAGAACUUUCCCACCAGCUCUCAUUGAGCUUUUCUGUCGAAAGAGGUACAGCGAUUCCCUAAAGAGAAGGAGGGAGCAAGCGGCCAAGCAGCAAUCUGUUUAGGCACUCGCUCAGGCCACGGCAUGGCCAGUCUCCGUGGGGUCAGCGGCCCCCUCCUGUCCCCCCUCUUUGUCCUGCUCCAGGUGACGCUCCAAGGAGUCCAGACCCGGGAGGUUGUCCUGCUUGAUUUUGCCAAGGCACAGGGGGAUCUGGGCUGGCUCAAUCAUCCCUAUGGGAAAGGUUGGGAUCUUCUCCAGAACGUCAUGAAUGAGUCGCUUAUUUACAUCUAUUCUGUCUGCAACGUGAUGGAGGGAGAUCAAGACAACUGGUUGCGGACAAACUGGAUCUACCGCAGUGAAGCUCAGCGCAUCUUCAUUGAACUCCAGUUCACGGUUCGAGACUGCAACAGCUUCCCCAGUGGGACAGGCACCUGCAAGGAAACCUUCAACCUUUAUUACGCUGAGUCGGACUUUGAUUACGGCAUCAAUUUUCAGAAACGUCAGUUCCGCAAGAUUGACACCAUCGCUCCAGAUGAAAUUACCUUGCGUGAGGACUUUGACACACGCAAUGUCAAGAUCAAUACAGAGGUGCGCUCAGUUGGACCCCUAACUCGCAAGGGUUUCUAUCUUGCCUUUCAGGACAUUGGGGCUUGUGUGGCCCUCCUCUCGGUCCGUAUCUAUUACAAAAAGUGCCCAGGAAUCUUCCACAACAUGGCAAGUUUCCCUGAAACCAUUGCUGGUGCUGAUUCACAGCCCUUGGCCAAGGUGCCGGGGACAUGCGUGCAGCAUGCUGUGGCCCGAGAGGAGCCUCUCAUGCACUGCAACUCAGAUGGAGAAUGGCUGGUGCCCAUUGGUGAAUGCCUCUGUCGUGAAGGGUAUGAGAAAGACGGCGAUAGCUGCAGAGCUUGUUCUCCUGGGUUCUUCAAAGAGAACAUCUCUAACAGUGCCUGUUCGAAAUGCCCCUCGCACACACUGCCCUCUUCCGAAGGCUCCACUUCCUGUCCUUGUGAGGAAGGCUAUUUUCGGGCCUUGAGUGAUCCUGUCUCUAUGCCAUGCACACAGCCGCCUUCAGCUCCCCACCGCGUCACAGCAAUUGGCCUGGGUGCCAAGGUGCAACUCCGGUGGUCAACACCCCGGAACACAGGAGGCCGCAAGGAUAUCACCUACAGUAUUACAUGUGAACAGUGUUGGCCAGAGUUGGGGGAAUGCCGCCCCUGCGACUCCACCCUUCGGUACUCAGAAAACCCAGACCAUUUUGCUGGCACAUCCCUGACCAUCAGUGACCUGGAGCCACACGUUAACUAUACCUUCACCGUAGAGGCCCACAAUGGAGUAUCCUCUUUCAGCACACAGCGUAGCUACAGCGUGACCAGUAUCAGUGUGAACCAGACAGAACCUCCACGAGUGACUUCAGUGACCAUGGACAGCCGUACUGCCACCAGUCUCACCCUAUCCUGGACUGUACCUCCACGGCAACAGAACUAUGUCUGGAAAUAUCAGGUUACUUACAAGAAAAAGAAGGACGAACACAGCUACUCUGUGUUACGCUGUGAUGAGAAUUCUGUGACCCUUCCUAAACUUAGCCCUGGAACCAAGUACUUGGUGAGCGUCCAGGCACUGACCCAGGAGGGUCAGGGGGCCCACAGUGUGGAGCAAGAGUUUGAGACACUUCCAGAACACUCUGAUGGCACUAAUACCACAGUAGUCCUUUGGGGUUCCAUUGCUGGCUGUCUCUUUAUGGGUUUGGUUGUCCUAGCAACUGUGUUCUUCAUUCGACGAAGGAAGAAGAAGCUGAGGUCCCGGCAAACAUCAGAGGAUGUUUACUUCUCUAAGUCUGAUCAGCUCAAGCCCCUGAAAACCUAUGUGGAUCCCCACACAUAUGAGGACCCAAAUCAGGCUGUGCUGAAGUUCACCACUGAGAUUCAUCCUUCCUGCAUUUCACGGCAGAAAGUCAUUGGGGCAGGUGAAUUUGGAGAAGUCUAUAAGGGGACCCUAAAAAGUGGCAAGAAGGAGAUCCCAGUGGCCAUCAAGACACUAAAAUCUGGCUACACAGAGAAGCAACGCAUAGACUUCCUGAGUGAAGCAACCAUUAUGGGCCAGUUUUGCCAUCACAACAUUAUCCACUUGGAGGGAGUAAUAUCAAAAUAUAAGCCUUUUAUGAUCAUCACAGAAUACAUGGAGAAUGGUGCUCUGGAUAAAUUCCUACGGGAAAAGGAUGGGGAAUUCUGUGUUAUCCAGCUGGUAGGCAUGUUGAGGGGCAUCGCCUCUGGUAUGAAGUAUUUGGCCAGCAUGAACUAUGUCCACCGCGAUUUGGCUGCUCGCAAUAUUCUUGUUGACAGCCAGCUGGUCUGUAAAGUCUCUGACUUCGGCCUUUCUCGUGUCCUGGAGGAUGAUCCUGAUGCCACUUACACCACAAGUGGUGGGAAAAUCCCUAUCCGAUGGACAGCUCCUGAGGCUAUCUCUCAUCGCAAGUUUACUUCAGCCAGCGAUGUCUGGAGUUAUGGAAUCGUUAUGUGGGAGGUGAUGUCGAAUGGUGAACGACCUUACUGGGAGCUUUCCAAUCAUGAGGUGAUGAAAGCAAUAAACGAAGGCUUUCGGCUUCCUGCACCCUUGGACUGCCCUUCUGCCAUCUACCAGUUGAUGAUGCGAUGCUGGCAACAAGACAGAAGCCAUCGGCCCAAGUUCACCGAUAUUGUGAGCAUCUUGGACAAGCUUAUCCGUGCCCCUGAAUCGCUCAAGACAUUGGCAGAGUUCGAUCCUCGGAUCUCCAUCCGCCUACCCAGCACCAGCGGCUCAGAAGGGAUCCCUUUCCGAACUGUGGGCGAGUGGUUGGAAUCCAUCAAAAUGCACCAGUAUACGGAGCACUUCACAGCUGCGGGGUAUAAUGUCAUUGAGAAGGUGGUGCAGAUGUCCAAUGAUGAUAUUAAAAGAAUUGGAGUACGUCUACCAGGACACCAGAAGCGCAUUGCCUACAGCCUGAUGGGAUUGAAGGAACAGGUCAGCACCACUGGCAUUCCAAUUUGAACUGGGCAAAUCUUACCCUUCACUUGUAGUAGCUCUGUUGCCUGAUUUAGCUACUCAGUGGUCAAGCCAAGGACAAUUUGGCAAACAUAAUUCCUGGCACAUACUUGAAAUGAAGAAUCCAAGUGACCUCUUGCAAAGGAUGCCAACUUACAAAGAACGAAGCGGACGUCUGUUUUCUUCUGAGUUUCCUCAGCAUCCCUUAAUAUUUAUUGCUUGGCCUCUUAUUUCAUAUGCCUGCUGACGUCUGCAAGCAUUAUUCUGUGGUAUUGGAAGGCUCCAGGAUGAGGCGUCAGGCUCUGCCGCACAUUCUAGCUUCACACUGCCAAGCAGAAGUGCCAAAAGCCACAUUUCAUUCAUUCUGCCGUGUCUCUAGCUUCAAUAGUUCCUGGGGCUACCAGAAGAGCAUUGCCACGCUUUCUGCCAGUUCACUUUCUCCUACUUACAGUCCUGCACAAGACCAACCAAAGUACUGUACCAGAGAGCUGUUUGUUCCAUUGUCAGUAUGUCCAAACCCGCUUUACUGUUCCAACAGCCUACUCUUUUCCACAUUCAGAAGCCUGAAAAAAUGUUUUUUUCUUAUAGACAUGUUUUCUCUGUUGCAGAGAUGGAAGAGAGAGGACUCUUUUAUAAACACAGCUUGUCUUUAAAAGCAAACCUCGGCUGUUUCAGCUUCUGCACAUUCUUGAUUUCCCCUUUUUUGUUCAAGCACUAAAGGACUUUUCCUUCAACCUUCUCACUUUUUAAGAAGCCAAACCAGGUUGAAUGAAGAAUAAGGCCUUAGACAGACUGUUCUUGUAACAUUUGAGUUUCAGCUUUGAAGUGUUUUUUCCAAGGAUAACCAACUAUGACUCUCCAAAGAGUUAUUUCAUGCCUGCCUGCCUUUAUUCCAUUUUUUUUAGCCCAUCCCUGAAAUGCACUCAUGACUUUUACUGUCAAUUAUUUUCCGUUCAUUAUUAUUACUUUCCCUUUUUAAAAUAUGUUAAUUUAUUUUUUAUAUUUAUUGAUUUAAAAGCAGAUACAGUAUGUUGCUAAUAAGGAUAAUCAUGCACCAUUUAUACAUGUGAAGUUUACUUGUGUGUGUGUGUGUGUGAAUAUUCUCCAGCUUUAAUUAAAAAAGUGUUUUUUCCUU